GGGCAGAACACAGAAGGAAUAUUCCCAUCACCAGCUGCCAGUCUAGUUGAGAAGCCAUAUGUCUGCAGGCUGAGGCAGCAUGCCACAUCUCAACAGCACCAUCUUCAGGCCUUCGGUGCUGACUCUGACUGGAAUUCCUGGUUUGGAGUCUGUGCAGUUCUGGAUUGGGAUUCCUUUCUGUAUCAUGUACAUCAUCGCACUUUUAGGGAAUUCUCUGCUUCUAGUUGUCAUCAAAGUUGAACGAAGCCUCCAUGAACCCAUGUACCUCUUCCUAGCAAUGCUUGGAGCAACAGACAUUGCUCUCAGUACUUGCAUCUUACCAAAAAUGCUAGGAAUAUUCUGGUUUCACCUUCCAACUAUAUACUUUGAUGCCUGCCUCUUGCAGAUGUGGCUGAUUCACACAUUCCAAUGUAUUGAAUCAGGCAUCUUGUUUGCCAUGGCAAUGGACCGCUAUGUGGCAAUCUGUGAUCCUCUAAGACAUGCAUCCAUCUUUACCCAGCGGCUCCUCACUCAGAUAGGAGUAGGAGUCACACUCAGAGCAGCCCUGCUUGUAGCUCCAUGUCUCAUUCUCAUCAAAUGCAGGCUGAAAUUCUACUGGACCACUGUUGUUUCCCAUUCAUACUGUGAGCACAUGGCCAUUGUGAAGCUGGCAGCAGAAGAUGUUCAUGUCAACAAGAUCUACGGUCUGUUUGUGGCCUUCAGUAUACUUGGACUGGAUAUUAUUUUCAUCACACUCUCCUACAUUAGAAUAUUUAUAGCUGUCUUCAAGCUCCCUCAAAAGGAAGCAAGACUCAAAGCCUUUAACACUUGUGUCGCCCACAUUUGUGUCUUUUUAGAGUUUUAUCUUCUGGCCUUCUUCUCCUUCUUUACACAUCGGUUUGGCUUUCACAUUCCAUCCUACAUUCACAUUCUCCUGUCCAACCUUUAUCUACUUGUCCCACCUUUGCUCAAUCCUAUUGUUUAUGGUGUGAAAACCAAACAGAUUCGAGAUCAAGUGUCUAAAAUUUUGUAUUGUAAUUAUUCUUUUUGAUUUUUCAUUUAUUUACUUUUGUUUCAAAUAGCAAAUCUCACUU